ACAGCCACUGCAGCUGCAGCUGCUUCUCUAAGCUGGUGCAGCUAGGACCAGUUUGUGGGACAGAACCCAGCCAAGCCACACUCGGGCUUACAUAGCAUGGUCAGGAAGUUUGGAGAAUGAAGCCCUUCAGUCCUGAGGUUUCCCCAGACCAACCCCAUAUCACUGCAGCCCACCUGCUUCGCAUCUGUACACUCUUCCUGACCUUGCUCGACCUGGCCCACGGCUCCAGAGGUUCUAUUGUAUCCAGCCAGCCAUUCAUCACUAUCUGGAAUGGAGACACCUACAGUUGCCUGAAUGAUUAUGGAGUGGAUGUGGAUGUCAGUGUUUUUGAUGUGGUUGCCAACAAGGAGCAGAUCUUCCAAGGGCCUAACAUGACUAUUUUCUACAACUGGCAGUUGGGCACCUACCCCUACUAUAAUACAUCCACUGGGGAACCCAUAUUUGGUGGCCUGCCCCAGAAUGCCAGCCUGGUGACCCACCUCGCUCAGGCAUUCCAGGACAUCAAGGCUGCCAUUCCUGAACCUAACUUCUCAGGACUGGCAGUCGUCGACUGGGAGGCUUGGCGCCCACGAUGGGCCUUCAACUGGGACAGCAAAGACAUUUAUCGACAGCACUCAUUGGAACUGGUCCGGGCAGAGCACCCUGACUGGCCAGAAACUUUAGUGGAAGCCGUAGCCCAGGACCAGUUCCAGGAGGCUGCACAGGCCUGGAUGGCAGGCACCCUCCAACUGGGGCAGGUACUACGCCCCCGUGGCCUCUGGGGCUACUAUGGCUUCCCUGACUGCUACAACUAUAACUUUCUAAGCCCCAACUACACAGGCCAGUGCUCACUAAGUAUCCGUGAGCAGAAUGACCAACUACAGUGGUUAUGGAACCAGAGCUCUGCCCUCUAUCCCAGUAUCUACUUGCCUAUAGCACUGAUGGGCACAGGCAAGACACAGAUGUAUGUUCGAAACCGUUUGCAAGAGGCGUUCCGUGUGGCUUUAGCCUCCAGAGACCCCUGUGUGCCCAUACUGCCCUACGUCCAGAUCUUCUAUGAAACGACAAAUCAUCUUCUGCCCCUGGAGGAGCUGGAGCACACCCUGGGGGAGAGUGCAGCUCAGGGAGCAGCAGGAGCUGUGCUCUGGAUGAAGUCGGAAAAAACAAAAACCAAGGAAUCAUGCCAGGCCGUUAAAGAAUAUGUGGAUUCCACACUCGGGCCCUUUGUCGUGAACGUGACCCGUGCGGCUCUUUUGUGCAGUAGAGCUCUGUGUUCCAGCCACGGUCGCUGCGUCCGCCACCCCAGUUAUCCCGAGACUCUCCUCACCCUCAACCCUGCCAGUUUUUCCAUUCAGCUAACACAUGAUGGCAGGCUCCCAAGCUUCAAGGGUCGACUCUCACUUGAGGAUCAGGCACAGAUGGCUAGGAAAUUCCAGUGUCGGUGCUACCGUGGAUGGAAUGGCAAGUGGUGUCAGAAGCAGGGUACGUGGUAGUUGUACCAGGCCGCACACACCGAACACCUACCAUACCCUGGGGGCCCACCUAUGACUUCCUCAAACACAGUCACGCACACACAAUUCAGUACACUCAACCACUGUCACAGCCGUUAUGCACCCAUCGGGAGAGUCACACAGUGAAUCAGAAUUAAGGGCAGGCACUGUUAAUUCUAGGCCUCUAAGGACCUACUUGGCAGGAUCAUAGGCAGUUCCUCCAGAAUCUACAAGUCAGCAGUCACAAAAGCUGACAUUUACCAUAUGCCAAGCCCUGUGCUAAGCACGCACUUGAAGUGGACUGACUCAGUCUUCACAGUUCCUCCUUCCAGGGAGGCUGAGCACUUUUUAGUUACUUAUUUCUUUGCUGUGCUGGGAAUUGAAGGUAGGACCUCACACACACUAAGCAAGUACUCUUACCACAAAGCUAUAUUCCCAGCCGCUGAGGGCGAGUACUUUAGUCCAGUGUUGCCCAGCAAGAAGGGACAAGCAAGGCCAGGCAUCAUGAUGUACACCUUUGAUCCCAGCACUCAGGAGGCAGAGGCAGGAGGAUCUCUAUGAGUUCAAGGCCAGUCUGAUCUACAUUAUUGAGCUCCAGGACAGCCAGAACUACACAGAGAGACACCGUCUCAAAACAAAACAAACAAAAACCCUAAACGAGAUGCAAUUGAAAUGUAGGCUAUCUGGCUCCAAAACAGAACCUUGCCCACCUUUGGUGUGUUGAUGGUACCCUAUCAGGGCUGGGAAAACACAUUAACACCACUGUACAUGAUCUCUGAA